CAGCGCGCUGGGGCCCUGCAUCAACUUCUGAAGCUUCCGCCGUGAGCCAAUAUUGCUACCACUCCCGUUCUGUCGCGCAAUUGAACGCCUUCGAGGUUUGCAAUUGCCCGCAUCUUGCCCAGCAUGAGGUUCGGUCAACAACUCAAGCAGUCGCUCAACAAGGAGUGGAUCUUCUACUACAUCGACUACGAGGGCCUCAAGAACUCGCUACGCGUCCACCACAUCUGGGAUGAGAAGUCGGAGCAGAGCUUCGUCGAGCAGCUCGAGAAGGAGCUCGACAAGGUCUACACGUUCCAGCGCGUCAAGGCCGAGGAGAUUAUCCGUCGCAUAGCAGCGUCCGAAAAGGAAGUCAACGAUGCCGUCGCGCGCGCCCAGCAGGACCCCCAGAACGCCGCGAACUACGAGGACGACUUUGAUCUGCUCGAGGAGGACCUGAGCGACAUUAUCGCCGACGUCCACGACCUCGCCAAGUUCACACAGCUCAACUACACGGGCUUCCAGAAGAUUAUCAAGAAGCACGACAAAAACACCAGCUGGUUCCUCAAGCCCGUCUUCGCCGCCCGUCUGAAGCGCAAGCCCUUCUUCCAGGACAACUACGACUCCUACGUAGUCAAGCUCUCGCGGCUCUAUGACAUUGUCCGCACACGAGGAAACCCGGUCAAGGGCGAUGCAUCCGCUGGAGGAAAGCAACAGAACUUCGUGCGCCAGACGACCAAGUACUGGGUACACCCGGAUAACAUCCUAGAGCUGAAGCUCAUCGUCCUCAAGCACCUCCCUGUGCUUGUGUUCAACCCCAACAAGGAGUUCAACGAGGAAGACUCUGCCAUUACAUCCAUCUACUUCGACAACACCGAGACAUGGGAGCUAUACCAGGGCCGUCUGAAGAAGACCGAGGGUGCUGAGGCUAUCCGUCUACGAUGGUAUGGAGGCAUGUCUAGCGACACUAUCUUCGUUGAGCGUAAGACGCAUCGCGAGGACUGGACUGGCGAAGAGUCUGUCAAGGCGCGUUUCAAGCUUAAGGAGAAGAACGUCAACGCAUACCUCCGCGGUGAGCUCAGGCCCGAGCAGAUCUUCGAGAAGGAGCGCAGGGAGCAGAAGAGGCCUGAGAAGGACAUCGCUUCUGACGAGCAGCUGGCCCGAGAGAUCCAGUACCGCGUACUGACCCGCAAGCUCGAACCCGUUACACGCUCCUUCUACCACCGCACUGCUUUCCAACUUCCCGGUGAUGCUCGCGUUCGUAUCUCCCUCGACACGGAACUUACCAUGACCCGCGAAGACAACCUAGACGGUAAGAGGCGUGCUGGCGACAACUGGCGUCGCAUGGACAUUGGUGUAGACUGGCCAUUCAAGCAGUUGCCAAAGGAGGACAAGGAGCUCUUCCCUUACGCUGUCCUCGAGGUCAAGCUUCAGACACAAGCUGGAGGAGAGCCACCGCAGUGGAUUCGCGACCUCACGUCUUCCCACCUUGUCGAAGCUGUGCCCAAGUUCUCCAAGUACAUUCACGGCACAGCCACGCUGAACCCCAAGCGCAUCAACUUGAUCCCAUACUGGUACCCGCAGAUGGACGUCGACAUUCGCAAGCCUGUUAGUCACAAGUUUGGUAUCGAGCGCCCCGGUGCGAGCAACGACAUCAGCACUAGCGGCAACCUCGAUGACGAUGAUAGCGAAGACGAGGAUGCCGUCAUGGGUCUUCCUGCUGCGAACGGCAACGAGGACGAUGACCGACUAAGGCGGCUGCGCGAGGCCAGGGAUGUCAUGGAGCAGAACGAGAUGGAAAGAACCCGCGACUACGGCACUCUUACGAAUGGCAACGAUCCCAAUGCGCUGGACAUCGAAGAGCGUGUCGCCGCAGGGCGAACUCGCGACGAGGAUUACCCCAUCUACGAUUCUGACAGCGACGACGAAGACGAGGAGUACGAAGCAGCAAAAAAACAAGGAGGUCUCCGUUAUGCGCGGAAGUGGGUAGAGCGCACUGCGACCAACGUGGGCUCCACAAUACUAUCAACAGUCGCCACCGUUAUCCCCAAACCAACUCCUACCGACGUCGGUGAGGGAGGCUUCGCCCUUGGUGUGCCAUCAUGGAAGCAAAAGGGGGAGGUGAAGAGGUUCAAGGCACCAAAGGGCAAACGCAUCCACGUCCCCGUCCGUGUCGAACCCAAAGUUCAACUAGCCACCGAGCGCACUUUCCUCUCCUGGCUCGAAUUCUCCAUCCUCAUCGGUUCCAUUGCCGCUACAUUGCUCAACUUCGGUGACCCUCUUGCCUUUGCGGCAGCGUGGGCAUUUACUAUCAUUGCUUGUCUUGCGCUGUGCUACAGCGCAGGACUGUAUUUGUGGAGAGUGAACAAGAUCAAAGAGAGGAGAGCGGUUACGUACCAUGAUCGCUGGGGACCCACGCUGCUCUGCUUCGGAUUGUUCUGCGCUGUUGCCGUCAGUUUCGGAUACAGGUUCGGAAAGGGCGGUGUUGAUGGUGGGUUGAAGGGAGAUAUCAAGGGUUGAAUAGUUUGUGAUCAUGGGUAUGGAUGGAUACAUGGCUGGGGGGAUUCGACGUUUUGAA